CCAUUCGAAUUUUUGCCUUUGAAAGUGUUGGAUGUUGGAAGUUGGAGGUGACCGCGUUGCAUUUCUCUUCUUCCAACCAAAAAAAUACGUGAAGAGUCCGCCGACGAGCACACCUCUACGCGCGCAGGUGGUGUCAGUGUGUGCGUGCCGUGCCCAUGUGUGUGUGAGUGCGUGUGAUAGUGUCUGUGCAUUGUUGUGCGAGUGUGAAGAGUGGCACAGCACCAGCCACAACAACAAAAACAACAGCAGUGGCCCGCAAUCAGCUGUGAAGGUGCGAAAGAGAAAUGCAAAUCGAAUAAAUGGCCAAAAAUUACGAAUUUUUAGCGUCAAUUCUCCCCGUAAAUUUCACAUCUCUGAAAUCGAAACGAAACGUAGCGUGCGGCUCUAAAUCAAUCGGGAAAAAAACUUAACAUAAAAUAUUCUUCACAAAUAUUGCAAACAAAUAAAUAAAACAACACAGAAGCGGCCAGCGGCAAUCUGCGUAAGAGAGUGUUUAUCAUAAAUUUGGUUGCGGAAGAGAAGUUGCUGCAGAAGCUGAAGAACCCAAGGAAUCGGAAGAGAGUCUGAGUGUAGGAGGAGAAUCCAUCAGCAGCAGUGGGAAAGAGAAGGAGUCAUUCCAGCAGGUGGAUUGCCCGGGGCUUUUGGUCGCGCUUCGUUGGAAGGAAAUUCGAGAAGACUACACAAAAAUCCAUGAGGAGCUAAGGACACACAGGAGCCGCAGUUCUUCCCACAACUUUGACGAUUGUGCACACAUAUCCACCAGAAAUCAGACUGAUUCGGGAGCAGACUGCAAACGGAAAUUUAUAUUUUGAUAUCUUCCACGAGAGCAGGAGAGGAGAGACAACAUAUCAGAGUCAAGGAGGGAACUGGAGUAUCCAAGACAUAUCCUCAAAACAAACAUCGAACAGCAUCAAUCAUUGCUGGGCAUUGAUUAAUGUUGCGUAUACGCCAUGUGCGACUCGUAACCAAGUGAAAGCCACGCACAAAGCACCUCAGAGAUCAGAGCGACCUCAACGGGGGCUGCGAGAGAUUUAGUGUAUCCGCCAGCAGCUCCUUUUCUGGCCAAAAUCAGGCUCAAGCUCAGCAAACACAGCAAACAGCACAAAAACAAAGCCAAAUCCAAAGAUGGCCUUCAUUUGGCGUCGUCGCUCCACGACAAUCGUGAAGCUGGUGGCCUUCCUUCUGGCCAUCUGGUUCUGCAUCGCCUUCCUCGUCUACACGGAUGACACGAGGCGCCGUGCCGCACAGGAGGGCGGCGCCUCGGGCAGUGCCGCAGGCGGUGGCGCCGUUCCGCUUGGGGAUCCCAUUGCCUUGCCCCUGAGGAACGUUGAGCCUGCGGAUCCACUCAACGAGGACAUCGGUCUCAAUGGCAAUGUCAUCAAUGCAGGCGGAGGAGCAGGAGGAGGCGGAGGGCUACGCAACGAACUGGAUGAGGCGGACAUACCGCCCACCGCUGCCAAGGCCAGGCCAAACGAUUUCGGCCGCCUGUCCCUGUCCUCGGAGAAGAAGCCCCGGAAGAAGGCUGCCAUUCCACUCAAACCAAAGGCACAAGACGAUACGAGACAGGUGAUAGAUCCGCCUGCAAACUUUGAGGAAAGUUUGGGGGAAAUGGGCAAGCCCGUCACCCUGCCCAGCGUGAUGUCCGCUGAGAUGAAGAAGGCCGUGGACGAUGGCUGGACGAACAACGCCUUCAAUCAGUAUGUCUCCGAUCUGAUAUCGGUGCACCGCACACUGCCGGAUCCCCGGGACGCCUGGUGCAAGGACACGGCCCGAUAUCUCAGCAAUCUGCCAGCGACAGACAUCAUCAUCUGCUUCCACAACGAGGCGUGGACCGUGCUGCUGCGCACAGUGCACUCCGUGCUGGACAGAUCCCCGGAACAUCUCAUUGGCAAGAUUAUCCUCGUGGAUGACUACAGCAACAUGCCUCAUCUGAAGAAGCAACUGGAGGACUACUUUGCCGCCUAUCCCAAGGUGCAGAUUGUCAGGGGGCAGAAGCGCGAGGGUCUCAUACGUGCGCGCCUGCUGGGCGCCUCGUAUGCCAAGUCGCCAGUUUUGACCUAUUUGGACUCCCAUUGCGAGUGCACCGAAGGCUGGCUGGAACCGCUGCUGGAUCGCAUCGCACGGAACUCCACCACCGUCGUCUGUCCGGUCAUCGAUGUCAUCAACGAUGAUACCUUGGAGUAUCACUACCGCGACUCCAGCGGCGUCAAUGUGGGCGGCUUUGAUUGGAGUUUGCAGUUCAGCUGGCACGCAGUGCCCGAGCGCGAGAAGAAGCGCCACAAUAGCACAGCGGAGCCCGUGUACUCGCCCACGAUGGCCGGUGGACUGUUCUCGAUAGAUCGGGAGUACUUCAACCAUUUGGGGACCUACGACUCCGGCUUCGACAUCUGGGGCGGCGAGAAUCUGGAGCUGUCCUUCAAGACCUGGAUGUGCGGCGGCACACUGGAGAUUGUGCCCUGCUCCCACGUGGGCCACAUCUUCCGCAAGCGUUCACCCUACAAGUGGCGUUCGGGCGUGAAUGUGCUGCGGAAGAACUCGGUGCGGCUGGCGGAGGUGUGGCUGGACGAUUACGCGCAGUACUACUAUUAUCGCAUCGGGAACGAGAAGGGCGACUUUGGCGAUGUCAGCGAUCGGAAGAAGCUGCGGGAGGACCUGCAGUGCAAGAGCUUCAAGUGGUAUCUGGACAACAUCUACCCCGAGCUCUUCAUACCCGGCGAUGCGGUGGCCCAGGGCGAGAUUCGAAACCUAGGUUAUGGCGGUCGCACCUGCUUGGACUCACCCACCGGCAAGAAGCAUCAGAAGAAGGCCGUCGGCCUCUACCCGUGCCAUCGGCAGGGCGGCAAUCAGUACUGGAUGCUGAGCAAGACUGGAGAAAUACGGCGCGACGACUUCUGCUUGGACUACGCCGGCAAGGACGUGGUGCUCUACUCGUGCCACGGCGGCAAGGGAAACCAGUUCUGGACAUACCGUGAGAACACCAAGCAACUGCACCACGGCACCUCCGGCAAAUGUCUGGCCAUCAAUGAGGCCAAGGACAAGGUGCUGAUGGAGGAGUGCGGCAGCUCGCUGACCCGCCAGGAGUGGGUGCUGGAGGGCUACGAUAGCUCCAAAUUGUGAGGCUACUUCUAUGCGAGGGGCAACCUCCUGUUGCCCACAUCGCAGCGCCAACGACAGCGAGACAGGCGAGCAUAGCAGCAUCAGCAGCAGCAGCGGCAGCAACAGCAACAGCAACAGAAGCGGCACCGAAAACUGGACACGGAGUGGAAGCAGGAAUUGGAAUAGAAUUCCCCUCUAUUCCAGGCAUGUGCAAUAGGCAGAACAAUUUCGGAAAUCGGGGGAGGUUAGCUGGUAUCCGCAUUACUUUGCCAUGCUCUAUAAAUACGAUUAAAUCUAUAUGUUUCCAGGCAACAGAAAAUAUGUUGCAUAGCUAUAAGGAACCACACACACAAACAGAUCUACGGAGACACAGAGACAGACGGACGAACCGACACUGGGAAAAUAGAGAACGACUGCUGUACAGUAGCGAUAAGUUUUGUAGGCCUAAAGUCAGCAUGCUCUGGGGCCGUUAGGUAUAGGAUCCGGGACAAGCCAGGAUAAGUGCUGGCCAAAAAAGUCGUAUGAAGUCGUAGCGCAAUUUUUGCAUUUACAUUUGUAAACGUUUAGCACAAUUUAUGGAAAGUGUGUUGGAUGAUGGAUGAUCCAACGGAGAGCGUAGCCCUACGCUUUCCGGUAUAUGGAUAUGAAUUAUGAAUUUUAUAUAUUGUCAUCAAAUGGCUUUGCGAAAGCCCCAUUCCAAAUAUGUUUCUAGUGCGUAAGCUUUAGGCUAAGAGUCUAGGUCGGAAAGCAUUCGGUGAUAGCCUUUGUUUUGCCUGUACGCCCCGCCCCGCCCCGCCCCUACCUGCAGCAUUCCCACUUACCACCUAUCUAUCUACCUACCUACUCCUUCCUGUACUGCAUCUGUAUGGGAAGCACUACCAAAAUUUGGAACUUAUUUAUUUGUAUGUCCGACGAAGCGAGACGCUGAAGUUUGUGUUUUUUUAUUUUGUAUUUGUUAAGUGCGUUGGAGAACCGACCUUAUGCCAAAUUAUGUAUGUUUAGAUGUCUAGUUUUUGUACUUUUGUAUCCCUUUGUUGGAUGGGAUUGCAUUUAAUUUCAUUUCGUUUCGUUGAGUUAUCAAGACGACAACAUAUCCUAUGCGUUGGACACUUGUAGCCAGCUUGUAGUAGUACUUACAUACAGAAUAUCAGUUUCCAGACUGCAGAUAUCACUGAGCAGAUCUUUAGAGUUAGUUAAUGCAAAUGUGCAUAGUGCCUUCUACUUAUAACGGACAAACACACACUUACAUAUGUAUGUAUAACGCAAUCGUACUCCUCUAGCAUUAGUCUAGGUGUCACAAUCACAGCGACUGUGUAUAUACUACAUACUAUACUGUUCAUAUCGCAUCCUGCAGAAUGUGUACAUAACUAUGGAUUAAAUACUGUUUUAUUCUCGAGACUAAAGCAUAAAUAUUAUACAGAAUAACACUAACUAGAAGCCGAAGCAGAAGCAGAACACUGCUACAGAAUGCAUGCGCCUCUUCAUUUGAUACUUUUUCACACAAAGCGCUUCACUAGGCGGCAUUUACAACUUAGCGUACGAAAACCCAAAGCCAUAGGAAGUGGUCGACAAACCUUUUUUUAAACAUAAACCCUAAAGAAUUAUUGUACUAAGUGUGUAGUGAAUGUGUAGCAAUGAAUUGAAAUUGUACAAGGCGGCAGAUGCAGUUAUAAAUAAAAUAUACGAAAGUAA